UUACAGUCUUAAAUGUCAACCUUGUUCCUCCUCGCGAGCAGAACUUCACUCGUACGCGCACACGCACACACACGCAGAGGAGCACGGCGACUUCCACCGCACCUCGCUCCGACAGCGCAACUACAUGAUGACGAGACGGCCAAGACACAGUGUUUACAGCAGCGAGGAGGAGGAUGAGGAGGUGGAGACGUACGACCAUGACUACGACGGCUCACUGGCCAAAGGAGCCAAGCGGCACCUGGGCAAGACACGCUGGACCCGGGAAGAGGAUGAGAAGCUAAAAAAAAUGGUGGAACUCAAUGGCACUGAAGACUGGAAAGUGAUCGCCAGCUUUCUUCCAAACCGCACUGAUGUUCAGUGUCAACACCGCUGGCAGAAGGUUCUAAACCCAGAACUGAUCAAGGGGCCCUGGACCAAAGAAGAGGACCAAAGGGUGAUUGAGCUGGUUCAGAAAUACGGGCCCAAGCGUUGGUCGGUGAUAGCCAAGCACCUGAAGGGGCGCAUCGGGAAGCAGUGUCGUGAGCGCUGGCACAACCACCUCAACCCCGAGGUCAAGAAGACCUCCUGGACCGAGGAGGAGGACCGCAUCAUUUACCAGGCCCACGAGAAGCUGGGCAACCGCUGGGCUGAGAUCGCCAAACUGCUGCCGGGCAGGACUGAUAAUGCCAUAAAGAAUCACUGGAACUCCACCAUGAGGCGCAAGGUGGAGCAGGAGGGCUACCUGCAGCUGGGUGUUAAAGUGGGCCCCGGCUCCCUCUCAGGCAGCUUCCAAAAACCAGCACACCUCAUGGCCUUCACACACGCGCACACACACUCGCACACACACUCGCACACACACUUGCCAGCCUCACACCUCACAGCAUCCUCGCCCAUGAGCCCGGAUUACCCUUACUACAUCUCCGAAUCAUCGCGGGUGCCGUUGCCGUUGCUGAGCAUUCUGAACCUCCCCCAGCAUGGCACAGCUGCUAUCCAGAGACACUAUAACGAGGAGGACCCAGAGAAAGAGAAGAGAGUAAAAGAGAUUGAGAUGCUUCUUAUGUCAACAGAGAACGAAUUGAAAGGUCAACAAGCUCUACCAAUGCCUAAUUUUGGGUGGAGUCGCGGCUCCUUGAUUGACGGCUCCCUGGGCGUGUCCGUCCCAGCCCCUCACCUCGACCACAGCUGUCUCCCUGAGGAGAGCGCGUCCAGCUCUGUUGCCCACGGCAAUGACAACCUGCCUGGGUUCAUCGAGGAAAUCGACUCGUUUUUCACAGCAUCUCGGAGCGCGGAGAGUUCUGACGGUGACAUGACACCCCCGAGCCUCUGUACCCAGAAGGCUUUGCUGGUCACACCGCUGCACCGUGGACAUGCCCUGUCUGGCCAAAAGGAGAACGACAUGUUCCGGACUCCUGACCUCAGGCGCUCCAUCAUGGAGUCAUCUCCUCGGACUCCCACCCCUUUCAAAUCUGCCGUUGCCCUUCACAACGCCAAAUACGGACAACUGAAGAUGAGCCACAGCCCUCCACUGGAGGAGGAAACGUUGGACCGCAUCAAGCAGGAGCCCAUAGAGAGCGAGGUUACUCCUGGGGGGGGCCAGCAUGACCUGCCCCCUCUCAAGAAGAUCAAGCAGGAGAUUGAAUCUGUUUGUGAGAGUCCUUGUCUGCAGUGGGAGGGACCAGAGCUGAAUGCCGAACUCUUCCCCUCUAGUGGCCCGGCCCACAAUCCACCUGACCUGUUGACCAGCUCUGUGCUGAUGCUGCCUGGUGCAGGGAAGACUGAAGACGGACACAAGGCCUUUCACCUGCCCUGCAAAAACAUGGGCAACCCACUGCAGAGCGUGUGGGAACAGGUGGUGUCUGGGAAGGUGGAGGACCAACUCCUGUCUUCUGAGCACACACACAUACACCUCAGCUCCUUCAGCACACGCACACUGGUAAUGUAGGCCAGUUCUCUAGAGGAGAUGAAAGGUAGAUAGGUAGACAGAUAGAUAGAUGGGAAAAGAGAAAGAGAGAGAAACUGAGGGAGAAAGAGGGGCAGGUUGAAGGAAAGAACAACACCCUUUGACAACAAAGCCAGUGAACUUGAGAAACACUCCAAUUGGAAAAUUAUGUUAAUAAGACUCUAUUCUGUUCAGUACAAAUUUGGGAGAGGCUUUGUAUGGCCGAAAUCUGUAUACACUUGUUGGUCAACCAACCAAAGACGUUUGUGAUUCUGUUGUGAUUCUAUUCUGUGCGUUUUUUCCUUGUCACUUGUUUGAGUUGUGGUUAUUCAGUUUGUUUUUGUUUGUUUUUUUAUUAUUGUAUUUUGUAUUAUAUUUGGGGACAAAAACUUCUAAAGGCGAGCUCUGACUAUGUGAAUAUUAAUAUAAAGAUCAAUCAUAGUAAUUUAUUAUUUUGUAAAGACAAAAAUGGGAAAAGAUCUAUGGAGAGUCUUGUCAGCAGUGUUUGACUCCAGUAUUCUGCUGCAGGCUUCCUAGACCGUCACUCCUACACAUACAGGUGUGUGUGUGUGUGUGUGUGUGUGCGCGCGCGCGCUUGUGUGUGUGUGUGUGUGUGUGUGUGUGUGUGUGUGUGAGAGGGAGAGAGAGAGUGUGUGUUCAUACACUUCCUCUGUGUGAAUUCACACCAGUGUGUAUGUGUGGAGUACAGUAUGUGUCCUUUAAGCAUUAUCAUGAUUUAUUUUUCAUUUCUUUUUUAACUCCUCUUAAAAAAAUCCUCUUACAGUCUGCUACAUGAGCAUUGAACCCAUGUAUUUUCAAAAGUCCAGCUCCCAAGCGUCUCACUUGUCUGGCAUGCCCAACCUGUUGAGGAGUGAAUUAUUUUCCAAGUUCCUUCUAGAAUUCAAUGCAAACAAUCUAUAGUUUCAGUAUUCUGUAUACAGUCUGUGGGGGAAAUCUCAGAGGGUAAUUGUCUCAUCAUAAUGCAGAACUCUCAGUUCACUGAACAUUCUAAUCACAUAUUUGUGACCGUACCCCUCAACAGGUUAAAAGCAUUCAGAUGCAUUUCUAGACGUGUGCCGUGGCUGUUGUCAUUUCAGACUGACCCGAUGUGAGUUUACCAUGCAUCGCGUCACACCUCCAAAAGGCCUACGGGGGCUUGUUUUAGGUUUACAUAAACUCUGUGAGUGAUGACGACAGAUCUCAUAGCUGCCAUAGGAACGCCUUCCACAGGGGUCCUGCUUGAGUCCAACUGGGCAUCUCUUUGUUUAAUGUAAAAACCAUAGAUAAACAGACUGUUUUUUUACUUGUUUACUUUUGUAUAUUUAAAAAAUGCAAGCAACAGAUUUAAAGUGUCAUUUCCCCCACACCUAAUGUCCUGAUAUUGACAAUCAAAGUGUUGAAUUAAGUACAUAUGUUUUUUUUAUACUUCAACACGGUAGCACUGAAGCCUUAAAAUUACUAUUGUUGGUUUGCCCAGUGGGAUGUAGCCAAUCCUGUAAAAGUGUUAAUAUUUCCAAAAGUAGUUGAAAAAAAUACAAGCUAGAUUAUGGUAUUAUCUGUUUGGUUUACCCUGUGAACAUUUGUUUCACUGAACAAAAGCAUGGCGCAUUAUGUUUGCCAUGGUUGACUAGGCUCUGAGGGGCUAGUCUGCAAAGCACAUUUCCAAGCAAUAAGAGAGCUUAAGUGACCAAACCACUGCACUUGAACUGGAAAACAAUCAUUUCUGUACUUCUGUUGAGUGUUGCAUUUAUGACAACAACAAACAAAAAGAUUUCAAAACUCCUCAUUAUUUUUUGUGGUAUUUCAAAAAGAACACUUUUUAUAAAAACAAAACAAAACAAAAAUGACUGCUUUAUUGUAUUUUCUUUUUUUUUUUGGAAAAAUUCAAUCCACUGGCAUUUUGAAUCUUUUGAAUAAAUCCACUGGCAUUUUAACUGCUGUUUUCUACUACUGCUCUAGACCAACUUAAACACUUUUUUUUUUGCAAAAAAAAUGUAUGUUGUAAGCGCUGCCUUUUAUAUUGACUUACGGUCCAGCUAGUGUUUUAUACAAGCCUUAAAACCAAGUUUUCUUAUGAAUCUUUUUAUACAAGUAAUUUCUAUUGUAAACUGCCUUAUAAAUAAAAAAAAGUGUGUGUUUUUUCAAA